AUGCAGAGAAAGAACUUCAAAGUAAGAGAAUUUGUCUCUUUGGGGUUUGCUAGGUCUGGAAAUCAUCAAAUAACCCCCUUUGUGGUUUUCCUAACCAUCUACUUUUAAACUCUAGCUGGCACUGUCAUCGUUGUGACUAUUACCCUCAUUCGCCUUCACCUCCACGCUCCCAUGUUGUUCCUGAGCAUUCUGGGUAGUUCAGAGACUGUGUACACACUGGUCAUCACCCCACCAAUGCUUUUGGGUCUCACUUUUCAUAAGCAGCCCAUCUCCUUGGCAGGCUGUGCAACCCAAACAUUCUUUAUUUUUGUUACCUUGGCCACUAACAGUUGCUUCCUGCUCACGGCAACGGGCUAUGACUGCUACGUAACCAUCUGCAAGCCCCUGAGGGAUACAGUAAUCAUGAGCAAAAGAAUGCACGCCAGCGUAGUGUGUGGUUCCUUUGGCACUGGUCCUGUGGCAGCUCUCCGUUUGACAGCCAUGUUCAUUUUGCCUUUCUGUGGCAAGGUCGCGGGUCACUUCUGUGACAUUUAUCCAGUCAGGAAGCUCUUUGUUGGUACAACUAUCAAUGAAAUGAUCAGUUAUGGUGUAAGUUCACUUGUGAUUCUUGUGCCUAUAGGCCUGAUCUGCAACUCCUGUGUCCUCAUCAUCUCUUCCAUCCUUAAAAUUGCCUGCACUGAGGGACGGAAGAAGGCCUUUGCCACCUGUGCCUCCCACCUCACUGUAGUCAUUGUCCACUCUGGCUGUACCCUCAUCACCUACCUGAAGCCUAAAUCAGAAACCUCAGUAGAAAAAAGUUUCUUUUCUGAAACCUACACCAUCAUCACCCCGCUUCUGAACCCUGUUGUUUACCAUCUGAGAAACAAGGAUGUCAAAGAUGACCUAUGCAGAGCUAUGGGUAGAAACGUAUCUUAA